AUAACUCAUUGACUGACAUUCGUUGUUGUUGUUGUUGUGUUGUAUGAAUCCAAGAUUAACCCUUUAGCUACCAAAUCCCCAAAAUUGAAACAAACCCUUCACACAGACACAGUAAAUAAGAACCGGAAUCGGAAGCUAGCAUGAAGGGCCAGAGGAGAGAAUCCAUGGAGGAAGAAGAAGAGGAGAGGAGAUCAGAGAGGCAGAGAAUAGAGAGAGCAGAGAGGGCAGAAAGAAGAGGUGUUCUGAGGGCGAGGCCUUGCGGUUGCGGUGGGACUUCAUCCAAUUCCCUCUCUUCUUCUUCUGCUGAUGACUACAAAGACGUAAUUAGCAGUCUACCGGACUGUCUCCUCAUCCAUAUCCUCUCCUUUCUCCCAACACGAGCCUCAGUCGCCACAAGCAUUUUAUCGAGCAGGUGGAGGUCUCUUUGGAAACUCGUCCCAGUUCUCGACUUGGACCAGCGCACGCUUUUUAGUCAAUCAGACACAGAGUACCCAGGCCCAACAACGACAAACUCAAAUUUCAGCUUUCUGGAUGCAGCGUCCAACAUCUGGACUCUUCGCAAUGCCAUUCCCUUAAGCAAGUUGCGCCUUCAUUGGACUUCCAAUUGUGACUCAUUUCUUGUCGAAACAUGGGUCCAAGAUACCCUUCUACGUGGCAGCCUGCAAGAGCUCAAUCUCUACAUAUUUAUUAAUGGUCCUAAUCCACCUUUGGAGAUGCCUACCACUCUCUUCUUUAGUUCAACAUUAGUCUCCCUCAGAUUGACAGGUGACAUUCUUCUCAAUCCUCCUCCUGCUUCUGCUUCUGCUUCAACUUUCCCAAGUCUAAGGAUUCUUGUAAUUGGAGGUGUUCGAUAUGCAAAGCAUAACUCUAUCUCCACACUCCUCGCCGCCUGCCCUGUCCUACAAGAUUUGAGCCUCUCAGUGGAAACUUCCAAUUUUUAUGGUUUGGGUGAGAGUGCAGGCAAGGUCAAUGUCAUUGUACUGAUACCCACGCUGAAAACAUUGUAUGUACAAUGGUCUGCUGAUGACUGUUGGCUUUACAAACUCCAGAUAAACACCCCGGCUCUUGAGUGGUUUCGUUUCGAAGGUGGUUUGGGUGAGGAUGUUGUGUUGGAAAACCUCCCCAACCUAGUUGAAGCAGUCAUUGAACUUGAUGAUGAUGAUUCAAAUUCUGUAGAUUAUGCAAAGAGGGUUUUCGACUUCUCAAGACCACUCCUUAACGUUCAAUCCUUGAAAUUGAGUAUAGAAGACGCAGAGAUCUUCUGCAAUCCUUAUAAGUAUGGUAUUCCCAUGUUUCAUAAUUUGUCUUCCUUGAUGUUUUAUGGUGAACAUCGUCCUGAUUGGUGUGCAUGGGAUGUAGUACAACUCAUGCUUUGUCAGGCUCCAAAGCUACAAAUACUUGCCCUUAAAUUGACACUCGAGGAUCAAUCUUACCAUUCUGAUUUCAAACGUCACUACCACUUGAAGGAGGAAUUUUAUGUUCCUGAAUGUCUGUCAUCACACCUUACAACCUUUUACUAUGAAGGCUUUUCAGGGCAUGGGAUUGAGAUGGAACUUGUUAGAUAUGUCUUGAAGGAAGCAAAAGUAUUAAAGACAAUGAAAAUCAUUGUUGAAAGUAAUCUAGGUUCAAAGGCGAAGCAUUGUAUUCACAAGAAAUUAAUGAAUUUUCGAAGGAGCUCUCGUACUUGUCAAAUUGAAUUUGACGAAGGACAUCUUGAUUUGUAUAUGAUGAGUCUAUGAUGGUUACACACCUGAGAAUCGCUUGGAAUAUCGCUUGGAGAAGCGACUUUAUGUUCCUGAUUGUUUGUCAUCACAUCUUACCACCUGUUAUUAUAAAGGAUUUUCAGGGCAUGAAGUUGAGAUGGAACUUGUUCAACAAGUCUGGAAGCAAGCAAAUAAAUUAAAGACAAUGAAAAUCACUUUUGAAAGUCCUCGAGACUCAGAGAUAAAGCUUUGUGCUCGCAAGAAAUUAAGAAAGCUUCAAAGGAGGUAUCCUACUUGUCAAUUUGAAUUUGACGAAGGACAAGUUGAUUUUUAAGUUCUCUUUCUUAAUCUGUGAGAAGCAAUAGCUUUAUGGGAAUGACCAUUGGUCUUUGCAUCUUUCAUUUGAAACUUCAAUGGAUUCAAGAUUAGAAUAUUUUUUUAAUGUUUAAAUUCUCUGUACUCGUAUCUUUCUUUUGAAAAAGGAAAAAAAAGCAUAAAUAUAUAGUGCUUGCUAUAUCCACAAACAUGUUAUGUAAUAUGGAGGCCCCGUGCAGCUUAUAGAAGUAAGUCCAGCCAUCAUGGUGCAGACUCAAUUUUGCUCUGAUGGUUGUUAAAGGUGGUAGAGGGAGCUUGUUUUGUUAAGAUAUCAAUCUUUAUUUCUUUAGUUAGUUUCAGCUUGAGCGAUAUUUAGUGGGAAGAAUUAGCUUCCUAAUCCCAUCGCAUAUGCUUCUCUUUGAUUGUAAAAGUGGUGUCAAAGGUGGAGCAAAUUUUUUGGGUUUUUGAAGA